CAGCAGCAGCAGCAGAGCAACAUUGACCAACAGAGUCCCAACCAGGGACAGACAGGUUCACCGACGUCCUCCGUCCCCGACGCGCACCGCAGCAGGAUCCGGACUCUGACAAAGGGAGGGAAAACUGCGCUCCUUUUUAUUUGAAGCGUUUUGCUUCAGCGAUAGAAGCGCUUUCACCGAGAACUUUGGUCCUCUGAGGUGCAGUCACAGGAGCACGAGAGCCGGCGUGUAGAGAGGAGCGCAUCCAGCCUAAACUUUACAAAUCCUUAUUUAAUUUUUCUGACUAGAACCCGAAAACUACACCCUCAAGACGCUUUCUAAUGGACUAAACCCCAUUUAUUUGAUCUUUUCUAAGUUUUAUUUGUAACUGGCAAUAAACAGUAGACAGUGGAGACGAGAAGGGGACGUGGAUGUAUUUUUAGUCAUGGAUGUAACAGUUUACCCGCCUCCUCCUCAGCCUCUGUCCGCUUCAGAGCACUCCAGGUUGGGGCAGCUCUCCUACCCUGACCCGGCUUUUGGGACCAAUAAGCUGGACGGGGACACCAUGUUCCUGGGGAUGCCAGAGGCAGGCCUCGACUUCACCUCCACCAAUCAGUUUCGUGUGCCGCAGCCCCCUCACCCGAUCGGCAAGGCGACGCCGCCGAACCCGGCAUCGCAGCAGUGGAGAAGGGACCUGCACAUGGCCGACAGCCACCGUCUGCCCUGGUUCUAUUCGAUGAACGGCUUCGGUGACGAGGAUUUCAACAUCCCACCCAUCACUCCGCCGACUCUGCCAGACCACAUGCUGCCCCCUCACCUUCCUCACGAUGCGUCCUCCAGACCGUACCAGCCCAUGGAGCCGCCGCCCAGCUCGGCCGCAGGGCACUACCAGCUGCCCGUCGGGCAGGAUGGAGCCGCCGGGCUCAGCCAGGACGGCGAGACGUUCAGCCCGGACGGCGGGCCUAUGACCAGCACGCUUUCCGUGAUGCAGCAGAUGGUGAACUCAGACUCUCGAUUCACCAGCAGCCAGCAGCCAAUCAAAGCGGCGCUUGGACCCAGGAGCCAAUCGGGCCUGAGCCAACAAAACCAGCUGUCCACAAUCAACCAAUCCCAACUGGGGAUGAAUGGGAACCCUGCUACGCAUAACUCCCCUUCACCUCCCGGAAGUAAAUCUACCACUCCGUCUCCUCCCAGCUCGGCCCAUGAGGACGACAACGAUGAUGGACUCAGGGGGGAAAAGCGACCUGCUGCAGUGGACAUCUCGAAGAAACCCAAAACACCAAAGAAGAAGAAGCGAAAGGACCCCAACGAGCCAGUGAAGCCAGUGUCAGCCUACGCCUUGUUCUUCAGGGACACCCAGGCCAACAUCAAGGCUCAGAACCCCAACGCCACCUUCGGAGAGGUGUCAAAGAUCGUGGCCUCCAUGUGGGACGGCCUGGGAGAGGAGCAGAAACAGGUGUACAAGAAGAGGACAGAAACGGCUAAGAAAGAAUAUCUGAAACAACUGGCUGCCUACAGAGCCAGCCUCGUCUCACAGAGUUACAGUGACCCCUCCGAGAUGAAAGCCCCUCACUCUGCCUCCAACUCCUCCCCCUCACCUACCUCAAUGUUCACACCCAAACCCUCUGUGUAUCCCGGCCACCCAGGUCCGCACUCUUCUCCCAGCUCAAUCACCUCCCACCCCCACUCUCUCCCUUCCCACCAGCACCCGGGCAUGUACAUGUCGUACCCACACCCCUCCCACUCCUCCAGCCCCGGCCUCGGCCCGCACAUACCCCCUCCUCACCACCAGAUCCAUCCCCAACUUCAGGCUCUGUCCUCCAGAGGGACGGUGCCGCGGGCCAGCGUCCCCCACCAGGGAGCCCUGUCCCUGGGGAAUGUGGCGGCGGCCUCCACCCCUCCUCUCCAGGUCAGCCCCCCCCUCCACAGUCAGGCGCACCUGGGCGGCCUGCACAGCCCGCACCAUCAGCACCAGCAUCAUUCCCACUCUCUGGGAAUGACACACUCCCCUGCAAUCACACAGGGCUACCAUCCUUCCCUCCAGUCUGACUACCAGUCAAUGGGCGGAGCAAUGCUGAAUAGUGGAGCAGUAAUGUCUCCAUCAGUGGACUACCACCAGCUGGGCCGUCACACACCGAACCACCACCCUUCCUUGGACUGGAGCACUGAAUACCAUGGCAACGGAAGUCUUCAGAGAGACAAACCUUUGUAUCUGAGCUAAUCUCGGGACAAAACGGCACCAAAUAUGGACCCUUCUACUGCCACAACGGAAACUCCAGCACUGAGUCGGGCCUGGUUCUGACCCAACGCCCAAUCAAAUCUCCAAACACGAAUGGACUCGCAGUGGACUUGUCAUCAAAGUGUGAACUAAAACUUGAAUUCAGCACUUAAAAGGAAAAAAAAGAAAAAAAAAACCCAACCAGAAGAAAACCGAAUGAGUUUGUAUAUAUUACUACUAUUUCUUUAAAGUAUAGCAGUGUUUACAACGUGGCAUAAGCAUCUAUUAUUGGCUGUAUCACUCACUGAGUAAUUGUUCCCAUUUCUGCUGAAAACAAGAGUGAGUGAAAAGAGGAGGGUAGAUCCUGUGCUGUGAACCACGCGGACUGGUGUGUACAUACCCCAACAUUUGAAUAUUUUCUGUCUUCGCAGACGUUUUUCAUACCUAGUUUCUUGUUUCUACUGAGGAUGGUGAUUAUAAUCAGUGCCAGGAGGUUCUAUAGUAGGUCAUGUGUAAAUUGCUGUAACAUAAUUGGUUAAAUGGAAAAAUUUAAAGCCAGCCUUUGUUUUUUUUGUUUGUUUUUUUUCUUUGAGCUGAAAGUCGCUGUGUUUCCUUUGCAGUCAAAGCCAAAAGAGCACAGAAUUAAAAACGUAACAAUAUAAACCAAAUAUUACUCCAGUUAUGUUUCCCUCCUCCGACUCUUAGCUUAAAUGAUGACUCCAAGCGGCGUGGACUGAACUCCCACAGGUUUGGGUGACUCCGAAAAGGGAAGACAUUGAUUAAAACCCCAGUUUAUGUUGCUUUAUUAAAGAUAAACAGAACAACCCUCCUGCCCCCCUCUUAAAGAUUUCUUUGCUUGUUUAUCCAGGCUCUAAAUGCCAAUAAAUGUCUAAGAUGAAAUAACUUUCAUUGUUGAAGAAAUCUGAAAUAUUUUAGUCCCUGAAAUGAUAAAAUGUUAAACAUUUCCUGUUGAUAAAAAAAGUACUCCUUUGUAUGAAGCCAGCUUAUCCUCCUGGCAUAUGUCUGUUGAUAAUACGGAUUAGGAUCCAAGAAAGUGUGAGGUGUUAAUAAGACCGCAGAGUGGCUGACUGGUUUGCAUGGUCUCUUUUAUCAUCUCUGUUUCUCUGUGCUCAGAGACUAUUUAAAAAAAAAAAAACUGUAACUAUUGCCGGGUUGGCUGUGUUUUCAUGUUUUUUUUUGUUUUGUUUUUUUUUUAAUCAAACUGAGGUUUGUUUUUGUGUUGAGGAUAAUGGAAAGAGGCAUCUCUCUGUUGCUCUGUAUCUCUUUGUAUUCAUGUGUUUUAUUUUGGCAGAUGAAAGGACUCUGGGCAUCAACCAUGAAGAUUUUCUUAUUUUUAGAUUCUAAUAAUGUGUUUGAGAAUAAAGUCGAUGCUGCACUGAUGUGCAGUCGUUACUUCAAAA